AUGUUGCAUUUCAUGUCGACCUUUGAUAGCCCAUCUGGUCCCCAGCCUGUCCCAGCUCAUCGUCCUGUUCCGCCCUCAAAGAUCAUGGAGCAACGAGCCAAGCGGAAGCGAGUGGCCAAGGCGAAGAAGAUCAAAUGCGACGGCAAACAACCUGCCUGUAGCAACUGCAGCGAUCGCACCGUCGAAUGUACUUAUGUCGAGUCACAGAAGAAAAGAGGCCCCCCCAGAAGAAUACCCGCCAUUUCGAAUCAUCUCAGCAGGUUGGAGCAGCGACUACUUCGCAUGGAGAGCCUGUUGGACGGUGAUGACUAUAGGACAAGCCCCUCGCCGGGCCUGUCGCCAGCUGGUUCCGACCCUGCCACUGCGGACGGGGCAAACGACUCAGUCACUGCUACGAUCAGAGUUGCGCCAUCUGCGGAUGGAGUCCCCGGUGCAAAUAACAACACUGGAAGCCACCCAGGAGUGCCAGAAGAUCUUCAGCUACCUCAUCCAUCCCCAGACGCUGAACCUCCAUUCAAAUCGAGCCAAUAUCUACCCGAUAUACCAGGCUCUGACACGCAAAGCACUAUCGCCUCUGUGCCAGACUCUAUCGACCCCGAAUUUGCGCCACCGGUACAAUGGAUCAUGGACAAGGCCGAGGAGAAACGGGCCUUCCAGGGCGGUUUCACUGCACAGGUUCUGUCGAACCCAUCCACGCCCAAGUGGUUGGACUUCUUAUCUGUCGGACUGAAGGGGCCGGUACAUGCGUCACUGCCGCCAAAAGAUGAGGCGUUGCGGCUGGUGGAGGUCUUCUUCUGCUGCCACAAUAGAUUCUUUCCUCUCUACGACUAUGCAUCAUUCAUGAGUCUGGCACAACAGGAGUUUUCUGGUCAGCCAGACAAGCGGGUUGGGUGGUGGGCCAGCUUGCAUAGUGUCAUUGCUGUCGGGAUACGCUUGCAGAACCCGGCAGAUACGACUCAGGAGUCAACUGCACAAGCAUGGCGCUAUAUGCACAAUGCACUCAGUGUGUUGACCGAGUUGAUGAUGAGGAGUAACGAUCUUCUGAGCGCACAAGCCAUGUUGUGUAUGGCGGUCUUUACCCGAGGCAAUGGGGAGCCUCAGGCCAGUGCAAUGUUAGUCUCCUGCGCCGUUCGACUUCUGCAAAUUCUGGGGGUCAGACAAGGCAAAGCCACGACGGAAUGUGACGCAGUCAACACACGUCAGAUCAAUCGGGCUCUCUGGUUUGCUUACAUGCUGGACACCGAAAAUUCCAUGAUUUCGACUCUACCUUUGAUCCAGACUCCUGGUAAUCUGAAUAUCGAGCUUCCCGCCGAAGAGCCACCGGACGGCUUGGGAAUCAUCCCCCUUGAAGACGGCCACAGCACGUUCAACUUAUUUCGAGUCAUGUCGGAGCUUUCCGUCAUCGCAGCAAAGGUCUUCCAAGAACUCUACACUUCUAACGGGCGCAAGCGACCUGAACACGAGGUAGUGAAGACCAUGGUGGAUUUGGAACAGCAGCUUGAGGAAUGGAAAGGUAGCAUCGAUAUCGACUUCCAACCAGAGUACGAGAUCAACACUUCGGACCCUUACCUUCGUCACUACAUCCUGGUUCUGCACUUCCAGUAUUACACAUGCUUGAGCAACAUUCAUUUCGCUGCCCUGACCCUGAGGCGGUCGACAAGUGACAGUUCUUUUCAGAGUCAGAUCAUUUCAUCUCGGGCCACAUACUUCUCGUGCCUUCGAGCCAUCCUUCGUAUGAGUCGAGGUAUUGCGGUGGACAUGCCGGCAUUUGUAUGGCGCACAUUGUGUUAUCCUGUUCUGGCGUCGAUGGCCUUGUUCGUUGGCAUUCGAGACGACCCAAAUGCUCCCCGGGCUUUGACGGAUGUCGCGCUCCUUGAUUCAUUGGCGAGUCUCUUUUCGAAGAUGAAGGAUCCCGAUAUUGGGAGCGUUGGCCAAAUUCGUCGACUAUUUUCGGAGCUUGGGCGAUUGAGCCGCGAAAUUGUCACUAAAGCGCAGAUUGUUUCAAAGGGAAACAAAUGGACAGGUCCCGGAAAGGAUUCAGAGGACCCGUCAAGCAUUGGGUCCGGAAUGCAGCACGAUGGUGUGCCGGAUGGUAUAUCCGGUGGUUCCACUUUUCCUGUUUCAUUUUCCGGCUUCGGACCAGGCUUCGGGAGUUCCAUGCCGGCCACGUUCCUGGAUUCACAGGUUGACUUUCCAAAUUGCCUGCCCAUGUGGAAUUCCGAGGCAUUUCAGAUCACUGAUGAUUUUCCGAUGGACAUGCCAAUGCACAGCUACAAUUAAUUUGGCGAAGAUGAGUCCAAGUGAGUGUAAGGGAACUAGCUCUCUGUUUGGGACAGUAGGCAUUCCGAAGAGGGGAGAGUUAGGGUCGUCAUGAGAUCCUCCAAUUACAUAUGCUUUGCUAUACGGAAUGUGAAACAUAUAGCAUAUGUAUGAUAGGCAGAUAUCGUAAAAAGAAGCUCGAGAAGCCGUGCUUUUUGUUUUGGUG